AAGAUGGUGACGAAGGGUUUAGGUGUUGUGAUUUUGGCUCUUGUCCUUGAUGUUGUGCUGUGCGUCGAGGACAUCGCGGCCAACGAAGUCUCCCUCCAGAGGGAGGUGGUGCCGAAGUCGGCAGAAGAUGCUGGAGGAGGAGGGGGUGGAGGUCAAGGUGAAGGCCUGGGAGUGGCUGUGAGGGGCCCAACCAUCGUGCUGAAUCGGUUGCGUGCGCCGGGGGAGGCUGAGGACCACAAGUCCAGGGACGACCUUGCCAUAUCUCCCACGGCGUGUUGGGAUAAAGAACUUGGGUCUUUAGGCGUUUGUCGACAAUUAAAAGAUUGUUACCCAUACUUCCGACUACCUAACGUCUCUCCAGAGGAUACUUGGGUCUUUGGUAUCUACAACACGUGUCCUUUACAACUCGAUGAAAAAUUGGUGUUCGGCGUCUGCUGCGGGGAGCCGCUGACUGCCAACGUGGAAGAGGUGAAGGAGGCGAAUAAAAUUCAGUUGGACGAAGACAACGAAGUGGACAGGUACGUCAUAGAAGAAGGAUUGGAGGAUGACAUCCCAGGCCUCCUGGAUCGAAGUCACGUCAUGUUCGUCCCGCCUCGUUCUGCAAUGAAGCCGGCGUCAGUGACCCUGGUAGCUGGGACGCCAGAUAACUCGCAAUCAAUCAAUAGACCCGCAGUGAAGAAUCCUUGGCUGAGUGACUACACUCAUCCCACGCAUCCUCCGCUCAUCACGCAUCCGCCGUCCCACACAGCCAUGCCCUGGUGGACCACGAAGCCAGCCGGAGGACACCCCGGUCAUCCAAGACCCGCGACGACGACGACGCUGCGCCCGUGGGAGUCGUCGAGUACUCCGUGGUGGGCUCCUCAGCCUACGACUUCCAAGACGACGACCAUCUAUCCCUGGUGGGAACCGCAGACGACCCCUAGAACAACAACUGCCAAGCCCUGGUGGGAACAGCCAUCGACCACAAAACCGACAACAGCAGUGCCUUGGUGGGAACAGCCCACGACCACAAAACCGACAACAGCUGUGCCUUGGUGGGAACAGUCCACGACCCCUAGAACGACGACUCCAAAGCCCUGGUGGGAACAGCCUUCAACUACAACCACUACCGAAUCACCCGACCUGGGCGAACCCGCUGGAGUGGAGCAAGACCCCUGCUCGCCUACCACCUUCUACCACGCUGGCAACGAAGAGAAGAGUUCGAAGUCCAGUCCUGGCGGGUUCAGGAUCAGUGGAGGCUUUAACGCUUCUCCACAUAGUCACCCCUGGAUUGCAGUGUUGUUCAACAGCCACAAGCAGUUCUGUGGAGGAUCCCUCAUUGAUCGGACUCACGUUUUAACGGCCGCCCACUGCGUCGCUCACAUGAGCCAAGUUGACAUCCAGAACCUCCGCGUGAGACUGGGCGCCCAUAACAUUCGCCAGCAGGAGCGAAGUGUCCAGGAGUACAGAGUUUCCAGGGUGGUCCGUCACAAGGACUACGACUCAAGGAGGCUGUACAACGACGUUGCCAUGUUGACGCUCGAUAAGGAAGUCCGGUACAGCAGUAAGGUCAGGCCCGUCUGUCUGGAUCGCUCCUCGAACACCUACGAAGGGGACAUGGUGACUGUUGCUGGCUGGGGAAGCAUGUACGAGGGAGGUCCACAGCCUUCCACCUUGUUUAACGUUAACUUACGUGUGUGGAGCAACGACGAAUGCCGCACCAAAUACGGCGGUGCUGCCCCGGGCGGAAUAGUGCAGUCCUACCUAUGCGCUGGACAGGACGGGAAAGAUUCGUGUCAGGGUGACAGCGGCGGGCCAUUAGUGAAACAAAUCGGUGGCGUGUGGACGCAGGUGGGUAUCGUGUCGUGGGGCAUCGGCUGUGGCAAGGGUCAUUACCCAGGUGUCUACUCAAGGAUCUCCUCGUUCCUGCCUUGGAUCAGCAGGGUCAGUGCAGCCUACUGACCUCCGGACCUCUGAAAGGAUUAGCUUGCGGAACUCAACUAAUAAAUAAUAAAGUCGUGGAAUUGCGUCAGGGAAGUUUGGGGUUGACUUAGUGAAAAACAUUAUAACAGAGAAUAAUUGGUGAAAAUCAUUCUUCGAUCGGCCUACCUAACAUUUGAAUGUUGAACGCUGUGAACUAGAUGAGUUCAUGGCUGUUUCGCGUAGUCAUAUUUUAUUGGAGAACCAUUUUCAUAGUUAUUUAAAUGCAAAUAUUAAUAAGUCACUAGAACUGGUAACUAUACUAUAGAAUGACGUAUCUCUGGUAAUAAUUAAAUGGGAAACAUACUACUAAGUACAUAAAUUCCCUAAUAGAACUUUGUCUCCAAACUGGUAAACUGAACUGCCCAAUGUGGUAUUGCAAUAGUUUUUAAAUAAUUCAAAUAAAUGAUCUUACUGAACUCCAAUUCGAAAAUGAUGCAAUUCCUCAGACUGUACAGCCGUGCUGUGAAGACACCUUAAGCAUAUCAUGUGAAGGUUCAUAAAAAUAUUAUACAUUCAAGUCUAAAAACUCUGUAUAAAAAUGAUAGACACAAGUAUUGUUGUUCUUGUUAUUAUAAUAGUUUGUACUGUCAUUAGUGGUUGUUAAUCAUCACAGGAAAGUAUUUAAGUCCUUGUUGUAAAUCAGUCGAAUUGUUUCACUGCUGACUGAAUUUUUCAGUAGCAGAGGGAAGAACUGAUCGGACGCAAGACUUUUGUGGCAUUAAAUUUGUAUAUUCAUUGUUGAUUUGUACUACUGACCGCGGAAGAAGAGCACAGGAAAAAAAUAUGUUUUCUUUUG